GAAGAAGCUAUCUUGAAACAAAGUCUGAGUUUUUAUGUUUCAUUUCAAUGGCAUUGUGUUAAAUUACCAAACUGCCAUCACCAACACCUCCAUUUUCUCUCUCCUUCACGUAUCAUGAUCCGUAUAUAAAUAUAUGUAUACACAUAUACUUUGCCAUCAAUUGAAGCAAAUUUUUAAUAUAUAAUUAUUAAUAACAAAAAAGACGUCGAGCUUAUAAUAGUAAACCUUUGAUUUUGUUAACUCUCUCUCUCUCUCUCUUUCCGAAUCUCUCUCAGUUUCAGAGCGCUCUCUCUCUCUCUCUCUGUUGCCAUGGGAGGUUGAUUCUGGAGCUAUUAUUUUUGUUUAAUUUUGGGUAUUAAUUUUUUGGGAUCGGAAGAAAUGCGAGUGAAGGAGAUGCAUCCAUUGUGUUGUAUCUCGCUGGAAGGUACUACUCCCGGGAUCGGAGACCAGUCGCCGGAGGUGUCGACGCUUUCCAGAACGCGUAGCUUGCCGGCGAGUUUAGCAGCGCUUUCCGGUCGAUCUGGCAACAAUGCGGGGAUGAGGACGCCGGGAUCUGAAGCCACAGUGGCCGGAGUUCUCUACAAGUGGACUAAUUACGGUAAAGGAUGGAGAUCUAGAUGGUUCAUGUUGAGAAAUGGAGUACUUUCAUAUGCUAAGAUUCGUCGUCCGGAGAGUCUCAGCCUAUUGACACCUCCAAACGACGAUGUUCGAUUCAUCGGUGAAAUCUCCACCAACCGUCUUUCGAGGAUGGAAUCCUCUGCCUCAGGGAGGCGGAAGCAUCACAAGACCGUCGCAAUCGUUCAUCUCAAGAUCUCUUCCUUUCGAAAAAGCAAGUCCGAUGACCGGCGUUUCUACAUAUUUACUGCUACAAAAACCCUUCAUCUGAGAACUGAUUCAAAGAGUGAUAGGGAGGCGUGGAUUCAAGCUUUGUUCUCAACUCGAAGCUCGUUUCCCACCAGAACACUUCACGAUAACCUCUCCAUUGUGCCUAACGAUCUCUCAGUAUCGACCGAGAAGCUCAGGAAACGCCUAAUCGAAGAAGGAGUUGGGGAAAGUCUCGUAAGGGAUUGUGAGAAAAUCGUGCUCUCCGAGUUCUCUGACAUACAAUCUCAUCUUAGCGUUGUUUGCGAAGAACGAUCCAACUUACUAGACACCUUGAGACAAUUGGAGGCUGCUAAUAUUGAUACUGAAACAUCUGGCAUUAAUGACGGCGAAUACCAAUUGACAAAGCAUGACUUUUCCAGUUUAGGGCGUGGAAAAUAUAGUGAAUGCAGCACAACUGAGUCUGAUGAUAUUGAGAAACAAGAGCUUGAAGAAGUGUCUGAGGAAGAUGAAAUAUCCUUCUACGAUUCAAAAGAGUAUUUUAUAGAACCAACCACUGGUUGUGGGACUAUAAAGGGAUCUGCAAGUAACAUGGAUAAGCAUGGGAAACCUGAAAAUCAAUUUGGUGAUGAUGUUGAGAAAAUGCAGAGUCAGAAAGAAGUUCUGGAGUCUAAAUACCCUUAUGUUGAAAGGCGAAAAAAGCUUCCUGAUCCUUUGGAGAAGGAGAAAGGAGUCAGUCUAUGGUCUAUGAUCAAAGACAAUGUUGGGAAGGAUCUCACAAGAGUUUGUCUCCCUGUUUACUUCAAUGAACCAAUUUCAUCACUCCAGAAAUGCUGUGAAGAUAUGGAGUACUCUUAUCUUUUGGAUCGAGCAUACGAACAUGGAAGAGCGGGGGACAGCAUCCAAAGGGUUCUGAAUGUUGCUGCAUUCGCAGUGUCUGCAUAUGCUUCAUCUGAAGGUCGGCAUUGCAAGCCCUUCAAUCCUUUGUUAGGGGAAACUUAUGAAGCUGACUUUCCUGAUAAAGGAAUUCGCUUCUUCUCUGAGAAGGUCAGUCACCAUCCAACUCUCAUUGCCUGCCACUGUGAAGGUAGAGGUUGGAAAUUCUGGGGUGACAGCAACCUCCGCACAAAAUUUUGGGGAAGGUCGAUUCAGCUUGACCCGGUUGGAGUUCUGACAGUAGAAUUUGAUGAUGGCGAAGUUUUCCAGUGGAGCAAGGUUACAACAUCUAUUUAUAACCUCAUCCUUGGCAAAGUGUAUUGCGACCAUCAUGGGAUCAUGCACAUAAGUGGUAAUCGCCAGUUAUCGUGUAAACUCAAGUUUAAAGAGCAGGCUAUUCUUGACCGAAAACCUCACCAGGUUCAUGGAUUUGUUGAAGAUGUAACGGGGAAAAAAGUUGCUACAAUAUUUGGAAAGUGGGAUGACAGCAUGUAUUAUGUUAAUGGUGAUAGGGGCAACAGUACAAAGGAUUGUAGUUCCUCCUCUGAUGCAUCAUUAUUGUGGAAAAGGACUAUGCCGCCGGUUAAUCUCACUCGGUACAACUUAACUUCAUUUGCAAUCACGUUGAAUGAGCUAACGGAAGGGUUGCAGGAGAAGCUCCCUCCUACGGAUUCCAGGCUUAGACCAGACCAACGGCAUCUGGAGAAUGGAGAAUAUGAGAAGGCAAACGCUGAGAAACAACGUUUAGAGAAAAGGCAAAGGAUGUCAACGAAAUUACAAGAGAGUGGAUGGAAACCAAGAUGGUUUGAAAGAGAAGGUGAAGAUGGACCUUUCCGCUACAUGGGUGGCUAUUGGGAGGCACGUGAGCGGGGAAAAUGGGAUGAAUGUCCCAACAUAUUUGGUGAAUUUAAUGAAGCUCUUGCUGAGAGCCCUUAAAAAAACUUAAUCAGAACAAGUGGUCAUGUCAUGACUCAUGAUCAUUCAGGCAAGGGGCUGCAUUGGCUUUCAGAAUUAGAGUGGAGAAAGAAAGCUCCACAGAUUAAUACCUAUUCCGGUUGUUUUGUUUUUUAUUUCCUGAAUCGGUCCUUCCGAUCGGAGAGUUUGAAAUUAGAAUGAAUGCAGUUGACACAAAGUAAAAGAAAGAAAAAAAACUGACCACAAAGUGGGAUUAUAACACAAGGAUUCAGCUUCUUCUUCUUCUUCUAACUACUAUAAGUUGAUGAGGUUAGAUUAUAGUCUAAUAUACCCUUUGUGACAACUUCAAAGAUUGUUAGAUUAUAGUCUAACAUAAAUAUAACACGCCAUCAGUGUCAGCUGUAUGAGUGUUAUCAGCUAGCUUAUCAUGUAAUGUAAUUCUCUUAUUCCCCCUAUCUUUUUUUUUUUUUCUAUAUAUAUUUUUUCUUUAUCUGUGCUGCUGGCCCUUGUAGGGGCUGAGAGCAUUGAUUUUAGUUCCACAUUAUUUGUACUUUUUUCUUUCUCUCUCUUUCUAUUUGAAUAAAAGAAGAAAUAUGUAUUAUUAUUA